CAUCGCUCUUUGUGGAGAAGGCCAAGCCCCGGCUGGGAAACGUUGGAGUGACUUGCGGGCUCUUCCAUUCGGUGCUCUUUGCCGAGCAGGAUGUUUUUGUGUGGGGGAAGGGCGAUGCUGGAAGGCUGGGCAUAGACACGGAGUUUAACCAGUACAAGCCUUCCGUGAAUAACAGGAUCAAGAGGUCCAAAUGGGGAGCGCUGGAGGAUUGCACAACAUCGCUCUCACGGAGGUUGGAAAUGUGUAUACAUGGGGCUUUUGGUGCUCUAGGCCAUGGAUCAUACGAGCGAGAGCUGAUUGUUGGAGGCCCGUGGAAAGACAGGAUAGUUCACGUUUCGGCCAGGGCCGCAGUCACGGAAAGUGGCAAGCAAAGUUCUCUUUUUUUCUUGAGGAAGUCUCAUUGUUUUCUUCUUCUUCUUUCUUCUGUAAAAGCGAGCUUUACACAUGGGGGAGAGACGAGGGUGAAGGAAGGCUCGGGCAUGGAAAUCCGGACAUCAUGGACGAAGGUGCAUUGAGCAGGCCGACGAAGGUCCAAGCGAUAGACGUUCUCAUCGCCUCGGUUUAUUGCGGGGGAUUUAUCACAAUGGCUCUCACUAAGUCGGGUCAAUUAUGGUCCUGGGGAGGGAAUGCAAACCAUGAGCUUGGCCAUGGAACGAGAGCGAAUAACUGGAAGCCCAAGGUUGUAGCCGCUCUGGAAGAUGUGACUCUAGUGCAAGUAGCUUGUGGUGGAUUCCAUGCCGCUGCUCUCACUCAGGACGGGAAAGUGAUUACAUGGGGAUAUGGUGGAAAUGGCCAACUUGGUCAUGGGACUUGGAAAACGGGAAAGAGCCGGCUAUUGUCGAGGCCUUGCAUUGCUUGCGGACCGGCUUGGACAGCGGCAAUCACUGAGAAUGAGACACGGCGAUCGUCACCACCUUGCGAAACUUGUCCGCUAAGAAAGAUGGGAUCAAUGGCAGCUCUAAGAACCAUCCUGGUGUCAACUGCUGUUUGCACGUCUUCGACCCCAGGGUUGGCUUGGAAGCCUGUCUCGAAUCCCAGCCAAUCCACCACCACGAAGCCAUCGUCGACGGGACACAUGAUGUCCAGCGGCGGCGUAUGCAGGUGAGCAGAGCGGCACAAGGAUCCCAUACAGCUGAUUCGGAUGAAUCACGGGCGUCGGCGGCGGAGUAAAGUUCCAU